GUUUACAUUAGAUUUGUAUUUAUAUUUACAUUAGAUUUAUAUUUAUAUUUAUAUUUGUAUGCGGGGAAGGAAAAAGAUAUUUGUAGUUUAACUGAAGUAGUAGAGGCGGUGUAUUUUAAGUAAAUUGAGGCCCUCAAAGUAUAAAAAAUGUCAAACCUCUAUGUUUCGUCCAUAUCCAUUCAGGUGACUCAUCAUAUAUCUAUCUUCAACCGAAAGCGGUGUGAUUAUGCAAUGGUUCACGUCAGCCUCUUGCUAGCAAGCUUCAUGGCCAAGCUUGUGAAACAAAUCAAUUUUAAAAUGAUCUUUUCCUCCAAAUUUAGGAAAGAAACAAAUAAUGACCGUAACGCCCAACACUAUGUUGAUGCCUUAAUCUAUAUGUCUACUUCACCAACUUCAUCUACAAAUCUCAACACUCUCAUUCCCAUCUUUCCACCGAACAGAUCCAAUUUAUUUCUUUGCUUUAUCUGUCUCAUAAGAAAUGGCUACUCCCAUUAGAGAAACUGAAAAUUCCCCAAUUUCUACAGUCUCUAACCGUCAACUUUGCACCCAGAGGACCCGAUCCAAUGAGAUAACAAAUUUGCAAGAUCUCGAAGCUGGUGCAACAGUCUGCUGUAGAAUCUGUUUAGAAAAUGAAGGUGGAGAACUGAUAUCUCCUUGCUUAUGCAAAGGAUCACAACAGUUUGUGCAUCGCCAUUGUCUUGACCAUUGGCGCUCCAUAAAAGAAGGGUUUGCCUUUUCACAUUGCACAACAUGCAAGGCACAGUUCGAGUUUUUAGUGGUAGAUUUAAGUGAUGAUAUUGUAACAAGGAUAAAGCACAAACUAUUUGUCAUCAAUGAUGUUUUCCGCCAGUUUUUAAUUAUACAAUUUGUAAUUGUAUCUCUCGGUUUCUAUCUAUACAUCAUGGAUAGUGGAAGAAAAUUUCACGGGACACUAAAUGGUCGUAUUAAAGUGUUCCCGGACAAUCCUGUACCAUUUUAUUACAGUUUGGGAGCUCUUGGCCUCCUUUUUAUAUAUGGAUGUUUCUUGGUCAUACCAAGGUGCCUCUCCCUUGGUGGCUCUAACCGGCGCAUAGCCACCUGCCAGAAUUGUUGUUUGAUUUUUUACUUGUUGGAAUGCUUUCCUGCUCCAAUUAUGAUUUUAUGUUUUGCAAUAGUUUGUGUCCUCUUUGGCGUUGCAUACGGCCUAUUUACUGUGAGCCUUGCUAUACAAAGGAGCUGGCAUAGACAAUACAAACUCCUCACCAAAAGAAACCUUACAAAGGU